UAUGGGUAUGGCGGCUGUUCUUCUCUUUUUCUGGAGUUGCCUCAAUGGCGGUGGAUGACGAUUCGACAAAGUGCAGUAUUCUUCAUGGAUGAAAUUGUAGUUUACUUCUUGUCGUGGUCCUCUGUGCACAAUUACAUGUGAAAUCGCAAAGCUUUUGCUGCUCUCCGUGCCCUGCAGUGUACAAGAUGCAAAAAAAUCAGUGUACAAGAUUGAGAGAAUCUGCCAGGGAGCGCCUCCCCCGCGCGCCCUCGGCACACACCAUGCUCUCCGCAGCUGCCUCGCCGCCGCCUACUUCCCCCUUGGUGGCACCCCUUCCGCCGUCUUCCUGCUAACCCACGCGACAAGCGCCGCAGCAGCCAGCCGCUUCUCUCGCACAGCAUCCUCCUCGCCGCUCUGCUCCAGCCCCGUGACCUCCCGGCCGCGCGUAGGCUGUUCGAUGGAAUGCCUCACAGGGGCACCGUAGCUGGAAGUAGCUGUCCGUCACCGCUCUUGGCCCUUUGCAUUAAAACAUGACUCCUGUCAUCUAUAGUGCUGUUAUCGGCAUGUUGUCCAUGCCUGUCAGAUUGCUUGAUGCCGUUAUGUUUUUCGAGGGAUUAACCAACAAAUUGGGACUCAGAAACAUGUAAUGCGAUGAUAUUGUAUAUACUCAGAAGUGGUUUAAUGGAGCAAGCUCUGGGCCUCUUUGGGAUGGCUCUGUGAAAUGCUGUUCUUCCAACUGAGUUCACUUUUGCAAGUGUGCUGAGAUGGAGAUUGUGUUUUGGUCUGAUGGAGCAGGGCACGCAAAUCCACGGGCUGGUAUAUAAACGUGGGUUUGAGGAUGAUAUAAUUGUCGCCAUUGCUCUCAUUGACAUGUAUUGUAAGUUAGGUUCCUUGAAGCAUGUCAGGAAACUCUUCAAUGGUGUCUGUGCCAAGGAUUUGCUGCUAUGGAAUACAAUGGUUGUUGGUAUAUCGCAGAAUGGGAAAGGCAGGGAAGCCAUUCCAAUUACCGAGGCUGAGGCCUCCUACUAAGUAGGAGCAUUUUGCAAAGACAAAAUUCGAAAGCUGAACCUGUUCCUUUUGCUGGCUUUAUGAGUGCCUUUUAUUGCAAGUGUAUAAACUUGAAUCUUUCUGUAACAGAAACAUACUUGCAGGGAUUAUUAACGCAAGAAGAACAAGUGUGAAUGGGAUGAGCAAACUUCUUCGUGGAAGCGGACUUGUGGCUAUGAUCGUGUUAAUGACGAUAGAGACAAUCCGAUCAUUGAAGCCAGAAUCACAGAUGAGCCCGGUGUUGAUCCUUUUGCUCAAUAGAGGGAGGAGAAGAAGAACAGGUUGAUUAUCAAGAAAAGAACAUACUUUAGAAUUUAAAGAACGCUGCAAAAGUUAGUGCUCUGCCAAGCUGUGCCGUCUUGCCGCUCUUGCCAUCAAGGUAUAUAAAUACAGUUUUCUUUGCCGAGCUUUGUGCUAAUCGAAAGAUAAUUUCUGAGGUGCACAAGAACUCUGUAUUCGACAGGUAUGUAUAAGCCUGUUUGAUUUCUCUCACUUACAUGUCAAUCUAGUUAUGCAGUAUUUUUUGGAUUGCAUAAGUCUAGUCAUUUGGUUUGGUACAAACUAUUUCAGAUCUUUGUGAUCCAGCGCCGCCCGCAAUGGCUAUUCUCUAGAAUUCUAGAUCUAAAUAUCAAUAUGGUGUUAGCAGCCGUUGAAUUUCUAAUUAGGGCAUUAUAGAUCUAACAAAAAUUCAUCGCUGAUGCCAGUAGGUAUAGAAAUCGAUGGUUGGCAUGAUCUGAUAGUUACGAUUCUUCUCAGGUUAGCAUAUGUUUUGGUUGUAGGAUGACCGCGACCCUAAGAUCUGUAUUACUAUCAAUCUCAAAUCUUAUUCUUGGUAUUCAACUAUCGAUCGAAACGGUCCCAUGGGAUCUACUAGAUGAAUUGGGAGGUUGGGAUUUUGGAAACCUCGAUCGUAUAAUGAUGCCAUCUCUGUAGGGGAUACGAGUGCGGAUGGUGAUACUGAUACCAGAAUAUGCAUCUUAAUAUGUAUGAAUAAAAUAUCUUUAUAUAUCAUGAAUAUAUAAUUGGAAUGGUUUUCCAUGAUUCAGAUAUUCUAUUUAUUUCUGUCUGUAUAUUCAUGUUCACUGCUGGUAUUCGUAUCUCUUCUUUGAAUAAACAUAUUCAUCUAUGUUCUUAACAUGGCUAUGAUGCGAAUAUGGUUUUUCUAUUAUCCAGCUGCGUUUGAUCAGUUCCCACCCUUGUCGCCAUCUACUUUUCCCUUUUUCUUUGUUUGAAACCAUCUGGUGGGAAUAUUCAACUGAGUUAUCCACUCUCUAGCUAUAUAUGCUUUAUGGAGCACCUGUGGGGCAUGCCUGGAGUUAGAAACCACAUUAUCACUAUCGAUUACUUGUGCAAUCUAAGGUGUUUAUGUGUUAUAGGAACACAUCUUAUAUGUUAUCCAGAGGUCAUUCUCUUUUUGGGCACUGCACUUAAGAUGUAACAGAAAACAAGAUGCUAAGUUUGUGGUGGCUUACAUUGCUGUAGAGUGGCUCAGUUGCCUUUGUAGCCAGAUUUAUUCCAUUGAUCUUUGUCAACCGUUUACUUUGUUUGAUUUUGCUGGUGUAUAUUUGGCUGUGCAUGCAUAUUUUUAACUAUGUCUGCUCUGGUGCUGUUACUCAGAACUGAUCUUAGUUUCUGAACUAGCAAAUAAUUAUAUUUCAUUUUGCGAGGAUCCUAACAAAGAAAUGCACUCUGUUUGAAACUGAUCUUUUAAGAGAGGCACAAAUGUUCACAGUCAUCUAAAGGCUCUGCACAAAUUUUUAUUUUGUAACCUAGAAGCUAGCACUAUCUGUCUUAAAGAUUUUCUUACUUUAUGAUUGAGCUGCAAUUUUUUUUCACAUUGUUUUACUUUAUAAUUGAUCUAAUUAAUAGUAAUUUUCAUUCUUUUUUUAAAGUGCCGGAAAGACCAUUGAUUUUCGGGCAAGCAAGAUCAAGCAGUGCACAUGGUACCGACUUCGCAACCUCAGCCUGCAAUGGGUGAUGUCACUCCUGCCGGUUCACAGCCAACACAACUAUUCCCUGGCAAUCCAGCUCAGCUCAGUGCUCAGGAGCAGCUGAUGUACGAGCAGUCGCGGGAGUAUCAGCAGCAGCUCCAGCAACAGCAGCAGAGGCAGCUCCAGCAGUUCUGGGCCGAGCAGCGGUCAGAGAUCGAGCAGGCCACCGACAUCAAGAACCACCCCCUGCCACCCACCAGGAUAAGGAAGAUCAUGAAGGCCGACGAGGACGUCCGCAUGAUCUCGGCAGAAGCUCCGGCGCUCUUCGCCAAAGCAUGCGAGAUGUUCACACUGGAGAUGACGAUGAGGUCAUGGAUGGUCACCAAGGAGGACAAGCGACGUCUCCUGCAGAGGAGUGACAUCGCUGCUGCUGUGGCUAGGACUGACAUUUAUGAUUUCUUGCUGGAUUUAUUUACCAGCGAAGAGACGGAGCAGGGGGUCUUGCUUCCUAGGACCGGGCAGCAGCCCAUGGGGACUCAAGCUGGUGCAUACCCGUACUACUAUGCGCCGGAGCAGCAGGUGGCAGGUGCGUCGAUGGUGUAUGGUGGCCCGUCGACCUAUGUGUGGCAAGAGCCUCAGGUACAAGAGCAGGGCCAUCCGUCCAGCACCUACGUGUGGCAAGAACCUCAGCAGCAACAGGAGGGGCCCUGAAGCUAUCACCAGAUUCAGAGUCCUUGCUUUAGCCUGGACAUUUUCAAAACUUUGGGUUUUGCGUUAGCUUUCAUAUGAUUGUUAUUUGUCGGUUGAAACAGGUCGAAGUUUGGUUGCUGUUGUCGUGGUGUCGUUAGAGAAGCACUAUGAAUUUGUGAUUUGAGACUAAUUGGUUGAAUUUUACCAUUCCAAACCCAAAAGUUGGCCUCUGGUGAUGCCUUGUUUUUAUUUCUAUCUGGUAUGUUUGCGUGUGGCAGUACCAUGAAUUUGUGAUUUGAGGCUAAUUGGUCAAAUUUUACCG